AAUUAUAUUUACUUUGCUAGUUUAGCUCCUUUUGGGGUGUGGAAACUAUUGAUAAGGUUCUACUUUGAUUUUUCGUCAACAUAUGUUGGGGUGGGGAUGCUUUGCCCCGCAAUGGUAAAUGUGUCGUUGCUGAUAGGAGCGAUAAUAUCAUGGGGAAUAAUGUGGCCAAUGAUUGAGGCAAAGAAGGGCGUGUGGUACUCAGCUGAUGUGCCUGCUUCCAGCCUUCAUGGCAUCCAAGGAUACCGGGUCUUCCUUGCCAUUGCCAUGAUGCUAGGCGAUGGGCUUUUCCACUUCGUUUACAUGAUCAUAACCACCACCCUAAGCUUGGCAAAGCGCAGCAGCAAAAAAGAAGAUGAUGAUGGUGAUGACAGUGAUUAUGAUGAGAAAAUAAGGAAAGAGUACUUCUUGAAAGACUCCAUACCCAAAUGGGUAGGAAUAGGAGGCUACAUCGCCCUCGCCGCCAUCUCCAUUCUCGUCGUCCCUCUCAUCUUCCACCCUCUCAAAUGGUACCACAUCCUCGUCGCCUACGCCAUGGCCCCCGUCCUCGCCUUCUGCAACGCCUACGGCUGUGGCCUCACCGACUGGUCCCUCGCCUCCAACUAUGGCAAAGUCGCCAUCUUGGUUUUUAGCGCCUGGGUCGGCCUUAAUGGAGGCGGGGUCCUUGCGGGCCUCGCCUCCUGUGGCGUGAUGAUGAGCAUUGUCUCCACCGCCUCCGAUCUCAUGCAGGACUUCAAGACCGGGUACCUCACCCUAGCCUCGCCGCGGGCCAUGUUCUUCAGCCAGGUCAUCGGCACCGCCAUGGGCUGCGUCAUCACGCCGCUGGUCUUCUGGAUCUUCUACAAGGCCUACCCUCUCGGUGACCCGACCGGGUCCUACCCCGCCCCCUACGCGCUCAUGUACCGCGGCAUCGCCUUGCUCGGCGUCGAGGGUUUCGGCUCCCUCCCCCACAACUGCCUCCGCCUGGCCGUCGGGUUUUUCGUCGCGGCGGUCUUGGUCAACGCCUUGGUGGAGGUGCUGAAGAAGUACGAGAAGAGGAUGGGGAUAUAUCGGUUCAUUCCUAGUCCUAUGUGCAUGGCCAUCCCGUUCUACCUCGGGGGAUACUUCGCCAUUGAUAUGUGUGUCGGCAGCUUGAUUCUGUUUCUGUGGCGGAGGUCUGACCGGCAGAAGGCGAGGGACUUUGGGCCGGCGGUGGCGUCGGGGCUUAUCUGCGGCGAGUCUUUGUGGGGAAUCCCGGCAGCUGUGCUGGCUUUGGCCGGCGCUAAAGCGCCCAUCUGCAUGAAGUUCGUCUCUUCUUCUUCAUCCUAGCUAGUUUACGUUGUUUAGCUUUUUGUUACGGUGUUUUUAGCUUGAUUAGUUAGGGAGUGUGGCAAUUGGCGGUUGGCUGUUAGCUGUUAGCGGAUUAGACGAUGUUUCUAUUUACUCAUACGGACCCACAAAGAUUUGCCAUUUGGAGUUUUUAGCCAAACGAGUUAGAUGUUGACUAAUGUGUUUUUGCUCACUAUAUACGUAGUAUGUCCCCAUAAAAAAUCAUUUGUUU